GGCCGUUUACACCUACACGCGACGAGAAAAAUCAAUCACAUCUUCCCGCCUCCGUCGGUAUCCAAGGCAACGAGUAAACAGCGGGGAGACGUCGCGACGCGCGCUACGCUUGCAAUCGCUCCGAGUUUAUUAUUUACGAAAUUAAUUUCUAAUACCUAGUGCCCGUGAGUUAGUGAAGUGAAUGAAGAAUGGCUGACGAAGGAGCAGGCGGUGCGGGCGGCGAGAAAGUGAUCCACACGUAUCCUCUAAUCAGGCACUCCGACAUGUCUGAGGAGAUGCGCAUCGAAGCGAUGGAGCUCUCAGUGACUGCAUGCGAGAAGUUCUCGCAAAACAACGAGCUGGCCGCGCGCAUGGUCAAGGAGUCCAUGGACAAGAAGUUCGGGCCCGCCUUCCAUGUGGUCGUCGGCGAGAGCUACGGCUUCGAAAUUACCUACGAGUGCACCACGAUAUGCUACAUGUACUUUGGAGGGAACCAGGCUAUAUGCAUCUGGAAGUGCUCGUGAAUACGCGGACGUUUUAGAUUAUACGGGUGGUGUUACGGUAACAAUAACUUUUAGUUGGUAUUUUGUAUUUGGAUGGUCGCCAUAUUUGAACAGGACAUAGUUACGUUUGAAUAUGUAAGUCUUAAAUAACGAAAACGACGAGAGAGCUUUUCUUUAAGAUAUUUUAAAGAAUUAUUUAUAAAUAAGAAGGAAAAUUAGAAUAGCACUUAAAAUAUUGCCAAUAACGGGCAGCUUAGCUUUCAAAAAUUUCGACUAAAACAAUUUUAGUUGUUUUCAUAUGCAAAACGGUGCUGAGUGCUGACACGAAACAAUUCAGAACAGCCGC